AACUUUGCAAAAGGAACAAACUUCCAAGUGCCUCUAGUUGAUGUGACAGAUUCUGCCACUAGUUCACACAAUGUUCAUAAGGCACAAAUCCCUUUCUUCAGAACGCAAGAGAGAAUUAUUUUCCCAAGGAGGACACAAACUGAAAAAUGACCUGAAAAACUUUCACUCCUUGUCAAAAUUCGUGCUCGCUGCUGGAUCCCUGAAACCAACUGCAGUGAUCAAACAUUCAAGAAUCCCACACUUUGAGAUCGAAAUUCUUGAUGCUCAAACAAGGAAGCAAGUGUGUAUUGUGGAUAAGACAUCUCAAAAGCAGGAAUGGAGUGAAUUCCAGGAACUUCAAGUAAGAAGAGCUCUGCGCUGGACAAACACAUGUAAGACGGCUGUUGAAAGCAGCAGAGACACCAGUGUCCCCUCAAACAGAGCAGAGGGGCUGUGCGAACUUUCUAGCAGUUGUGUUUUCUUUUCAGCAUCAGCAAAAUUCCACACAUUGGCUGGGCUGAGUCCAAAAUGGUACCCUUCUCGUGUGGGCCUACAACUAGAAUGUGGUGGGCCCUUUUUGAAGGACUACAUAAGCAUCCAAAGUAUUGCAGUUUCUUCUAUGAUUACACUCUAUUUUACUGACCUCGGUCAACAAAUCAGUUGGACAACAGUAUUUUUGGCUGAAUACACAGGACCUCUGCUGAUAUACCUCCUUUUCUAUUUGAGGAUCCCGUAUAUAUAUGAUGUAAAAGAGAGCUCUAAAGCAUUGCGGCAUCCAGUAGUGCACUUGGCCUGCUUUUUUCAUACUAUACACUAUGUUAGAUAUCUUUUGGAAACCUUAUUUGUUCACAAAGUUUCUGGAAGACACACUCCAUUGAACAACAUGAUGAAGAGUUGCGCCUUUUACUGGGGAUUCACCUCGUGGAUUGCCUACUACAUAAAUCACCCAUGGUACACACCACCAUUGUUUGGAAACAGACAAGUCAUAAUUUCUGCUAUCAAUUUUAUGAUUUGUGAAGCUGGAAAUCACUUCAUCAAUGUAGUACUGGCUCAUUCCAAUCAUACAGGAAAUACUGCCUGUUUCCCAAGUCCCACUUAUAACCCCUUUACAUGGUUGUUUACCCUGGUUUCUUGUCCUAACUACACAUAUGAGAUUGGAUCAUGGAUUAGUUUCACAGUCAUGACACAAACACUGCCAGUUGGAAUUUUUACACUUCUGAUGAGUAUCCAGAUGUCUUUGUGGGCACAAAGGAAACAUAAAAUGUACCUGAAGAAAUUCAAUUAUUGUAUGCCCAGGAAAUCAGCAAUGAUUCCGUUUAUAUUAUGAUGGGGGGAGAGUAAUCAUCUCUCAUAUAUAAUGACAGCAUAGAAAAUCACUUAAUCAGGUUUGAUCACACAUACCAGACUAUUGUGUUCAUGAAAUUCACAAACAAUGACGUGCACUUACUGAACAUAUUUAGAAUUUAGAUAAAUUUACAAUCACAAAUGAACAUUGAAAGUAGAAAUUAGACAUAAAAUUAAUGGAGUAGAGCAGUCAACAUGUUUGAAAGUUGUUGAUGCUUGAACAAGGAUUUUUUUACUUUAUUAAAUACUACAUAGUAUUAUAUUCAUCACUCAAUGUAAUCACAUCUAAAAUGAUUUUUUAAGUUGUGAUAAUUAAGUCAGUUGAGUUGCUCACCAUAUUUUGAUAGUAAUCUAUAUUUUUAAAUUACACAGUGUGUAGCAUAGAAGUAUUAAAUGCAUUAUUCUAUCAGUUCCAGUUCAUUUGAAAACUAUAAUGUGUUAUAACUGAAAUACUAGGAAUUAGGCACAUAUCUUGCUUAAAUAAUCUGUAAAACCUCCAUUUUUACAA